GCGACUCAGGCUUUCAACACUGCUCCACUGGAGUAGGUGUUCUCAGCACCGGUGAUGUGAGGUGGCGCAGGCGCUCGCAACUCAAGGAGCUGAUGACCAGACAGAUACCCAGAGAAGCUUCACCGAAGUGGACCCAAAAAGAAGGUCGGAUUUAGGGAUUUUUACUGCCGAAAAACCGGACCUUGUUCAUUGAGCUUCGUGAAUUCCGUUUCUGAGGGACGAAGCGUCGAGAAAUAACCAACAAUCCACUACUCUUUGAUAGGAAGAGCAAUGAGUGCAGACUUUUGGCUGAUCAGUAUUUGCCUUGCUGCUGGGCUUUGCACCGCUCGUAGUGCGCAACCUGUGGAACCUCCUGAGUGCAGUCCAGAGGGUCACAUGGUUUUGCAGAACCCGUACCGGAGCACAAGCUUUAGCUCGCAUCAGCUUCCCCAGUCUGGCCUACAAGAAAAGCUCAUUUGUGACCACUUACUGACACCUGGCUGGUAUAAGUUCCAGAUCUUUGAUAAACCAGCUCAAAUGCCCACCAAGUGUGUGGAGGUGAAUCACUGUGGUACUCAAGCUCCAGUGUGGCUCUCUCUACCUGAAGGGGAGACCCUCCCGCGCCCACUAGAGAUUAAAAAGUUAACCGCUUGUGCUACUUGGCAGUUGUUCAGCGGGCCCAAUAAGGAGUGCUGUCUGUUUCGAAUGCCUGUCUCUGUGCGGAACUGUGGGCAUUUCUAUGUGUACCAGCUCCAGCCUACACAGGGAUGCAUGGCCUACUGUUCUGAGGAAAUGUCAGAUUCCACUGAACCAAUCUGUGAACCAGAGCACAGGAACAGCGAUGGAAGUUGCAAUGAUAAGCACCCCCCAUCUCCAUCAGUACCAGAGAUCGUGGCUGAACUGUCAGGCUCCAGCGUGUUGUUGAAGUGUACAUUUGAUGGCCAGAGUGGGAACAGCUCUGUAGGAUUUGUGGUUACGUGGUGGCGUCUUUCCCCAAAUGGCAACAAAGAGGAGCUGAGGCAGGAGACAACUUUACAGAUGUCAGCCUUUAUUGAGCUGGAUGGCAUCAACAUUCGGCUUGGAGAUCGGAUCUACUGCAGUUGCUCCAGUUUCUUUCUAGAUGACCCAUACAGACAGAGUCAUUCAGUGGAGAGUGUGGAGUUCUUUGCAGGGAUUCGACUACAGCCCAAACUCGCCUCUAUCUUAGAGGACGGAACAGAGCAUGAGCUGGUCAUAGAGAGCACUAUUCCUGUACCCUGUCUUUCAGAGACAUGCAGUCUUUUGUUACAGCUCAGCACCAGCAGCCAAGUCUUGGGUGUUGUCUUUUUAGAUGAGGAUAAGCUCGGCCCUGAUCUGGUUCUGUCCUCCUGUGAAGUGAAGCUAACUCACACUCUAUGCCAUAAGGGAGUGUGCAGCCAGGUGCUGCUUUACUACAGUGCAGUGACUGAUGUCAAGAAGGAUGGAGACAGAAACACUGAGAUUUCCAUUAAACCUAUAGUCAGCACUGAUUUCCUCUGGAAUGAAUAUACACCAGAAAGUGUACAGGUCAUUGUAAAGGAUAUCCUACCUGCUUAUUGUUACAUUUUUACUGAUCCUCACAUCAUAACAUUUGAUGGAAGAAAGUAUGAUAACUUCCAUAUAGGCACAUUUGUGCUGUACAAGAGCACAAUUCGGCUGUUCGAAGUGCAUGUGCGCCAGUGGGAGUGUGCUAGUAUAACAGCCCACCCAACAUCCUGUGUGUGUGGCUUCGUAGCCAGAGAUGGAGCCGAAGUCAUCUCCUUUGACAUGUGUAAUGGAUUGGCUGGAGAAACGAAGCCACGCCUGUUAGUGAAGAAUGGAGACCUUGCGAAAAGCGGCAUUCGCAUCACUGAGUCUUAUCAGGGUCGCAAAAUCACUCUGACAUUUUCUUCAGGGGCAUUUGUGCGGGCAGAUGUAGCUGACUGGGGUAUGAGUCUGACUGUGAUGGCUCCUAGUCCUGAUCGGGGCCACACUGAGGGUCUUUGUGGAACCUUUGAUGGACAACCACUCAAUGACUACCACAGAGCAGGAGGGGAAACUUUAGAAGACAGUGUUUCCUUUAUUAAUGCAUGGCGGCUAGCACCAAGGAGCAGCUUUUUUGACAAAAUCCCUGCCUAUGAGAGGAGCCCGGACAGUCGACAUUUCUGCCACUGCAAGAGGGGUCAAGGUCAAUCAAACCUUAGACCUCAUCUUCCCUCCAGCUCUUCCUCCUGCACUCAUUUGGCCCAUUUCCUCUCUUAUUUCAUAAUACCUGCUCGGGAUGUCACAGCAGAGUAUAUCAGACCCAACAAGCAUUUCACUGGAAAUGCCAGAAAUCGUCCCAAGGUGCAGCGAAAGAAUAUUCUCACUCAGACUCGAGGGAGGCGCCAGAACCACAAACAAGCCUCAUCAUCCCCAAGUCAGUCAGACCCUGAGAGGUUUAAUUAUUUUUUUCCUGAAGACCAGGUUCUAUCAACACAUCCUGAAUUACCAGCCCCAACAUGGCCUACUGAGUCUGGUGUGACAAAGGCGGAGGCCCAGCGUUUGUGUACUAAUGCCUUGCGUAACUCCACUGUGGCACUUGGUUGUGCUGGCCUGUUGGAUGGUGUUAUGGAGAAGGCACUGGAUAUGUGUGUGAUAGACCAGCAGCUAAAGGAUGAGAGAGCCUGGCUGGGUGCUACUGUGCCCCUGCUGGAGAACGAGUGCGAGAGGAGAGUGGUACAAGAGGAGGAAAGAAAGGAAGAACUCCGGGACAUACUCGCCUUGCUUAGGUGCCCUAACCAUUGCAGUGGUAAUGGGCAAUGCACCGAACGUGGCUGCAUGUGUUUUCCAGGGUUUGGUUCAUAUGAUUGCAGCCAAGUCUCUGAUCAGACCCCAGAGAUUAAAGAACUAGAGGGUGGAGGACUCUGUGAUGUUAAACAAAGCCCUUGUUCCACUGUCAAAAUUCUUGGGAAAAGCUUCAGGAACACAUUUGAAUUGAAAUGUGAAGUCAUGAAGGAGAAGACAGUAGAUGGUGAGUGGUCACUGGGUGAUCCUCUGAUGGGUCCUGCAUUGUUCUUGAGUUCCUCUGCUUUACAGUGCCAGCUCCCUGUUGAAGAUGUGCAGUCUGCUGGUCACCCUCCUAUCACUCGCUGGCAAAUCAAGGUUUCUAAUGAUGGAUACAGCUUCAGUAAUGCUAAGAUUUUCACAACGUUUGAUGGAACAUGUCAAGACUGCACACUCAGCAGUGGGGUUCAGUGCACUUUAAAGAACAGCAGCUGUAGCAUUGAUGGUCAAUGUUAUGCAGAAAGUGAGCGCAGUCCCAGCAGCCCCUGUCUCAUCUGUCGGCCCGAUCUCUCCAAGCACACCUGGUCCAUCAGUGAGAACAACAAACCUCCCGUAUUUCAUUCAGAGCAAACCCAACUGCAGACGUUCUACGGGGAAAGCUUUGUGUACCAGUUUGUGUCAACUGACCCAGAAGGUUCUGCAGUUCUGUUUACUCUGCUGUCUGGUCCCAAAGAUGCUGUUCUUUCUCCUGCUGGCCUGCUCAUCUGGAAAGCCCUGUCAUCUUCACCUGUGACCUUUGAACUGUCUGUGAUAGAUGAUUGUAAUGCAGAGACAAAGGCCAUUGUAAAACUCUCCAUUCGCCCCUGUGACUGCUACCAUGGAGCUUCAUGUGUGACCAACAUGAACUUCCCUCCUGGCAGCGGAGAGUUUCUGUGUGUUUGCCCCGCUGGUCUUGCAGGAGAGAGAUGCCAGGUAAAUGUGGACGACUGCAAAUCAAGCCCGUGUCAGAGAGGCAAAUGUGUGGAUGGACUGAACAGAUUCACAUGUCUCUGCCCAGCAGGUUUUACUGGUGUGACGUGUGAGCUUGACAUUGAUGAAUGUGUUUCAUCUCCAUGCUUUGCUGGGGUGCCUUGUGAAAACACAUUAGGGUCGUUUGCGUGUGGACCCUGUCCUGAUCACCUCACUGGGGAUGGCAAAAACUGCAUCACUCAGAGCACAUGUUCCAGUCGACCCUGUUACCCAGGAGUCCAGUGCUUUGAGAGUGUGUAUACAUCUGCUGGAUUUAUCUGUGGUCCCUGCCCUUCAGGUUUCCAUGGCAAUGGACAAAACUGCACGUCAAAAGCAGAAAAGAGGAUGACACCAGGCACCAGAGAAGGAAACAGACCUGAUGUCCCUUUCUCUUCAUCGUUCUCCACAUCAACAUCUCAGAAAUCCAUUGACCGCUCCAACAUAAAGACACCAUCACUCAUAGAUAGAAAGACCUCUUUAAGUCCUGUAAGCCAUGAUAACAGUCGUGCAACAGCUUCUGGUUCUGAAGGGCAACUUUAUGAGCGAGAGCCUGUUGUUAAAGAUGGCAGGACUUGCACUGACUCGCCCUGUUUUCCUGGUGUGCCUUGUGAGCCUUCUGAGACUGGAGGAUUCAAGUGUGGUCAAUGUCCUAACGGAUACAGGGGCGAUGGACUCACAUGUAAAGCCAUGUGUCGUUAUCCAUGUGGUCAAAACAUGGAGUGCACUCUGCCCAAUACUUGCACCUGUAAAGAAGGAUACACUGGAUAUAACUGCCACAUUGCUGUGUGCCGUCCUGACUGCAAAAACAGAGGGAGGUGUGUAAAGCCCAAUGUGUGUAUGUGUCCUGCAGGCUACAGUGGACCAACCUGUGAGGAAGCUACAUGUGAUCCACCAUGUCAAAAUGGAGGCAGCUGCUUGUCGAGAAACCUGUGCACCUGCUCCUAUGGAUAUGUGGGUCCACAGUGUGAAAUUAUGGUGUGUUCUCGGCACUGUGAGAAUGGUGGGGAAUGUGUAUCUCCUGAAGUGUGUAAGUGCAAGCCUGGCUGGUAUGGACCAACUUGUAACUCAGCUGAUUGUACACCUGUGUGUCUGAAUGGUGGCACCUGUAUCAAGCCUAACGUCUGUGCAUGUCCUAGUGGCUUCUAUGGAUCACAGUGCCAAAUAGCUGUGUGCAAUCCUCCCUGUAAAAACCGUGGUCAGUGCAUGAGGAACAAUGUGUGCUCCUGCCCUGAAGGCUACACUGGCAAGAGAUGUCAAAUAAGUGUGUGUGAUCCGAUGUGCAUGAAUAAAGGAAAGUGUGUGGGUCCAAACACCUGUUCCUGUGCUUCUGGAUGGCGGGGGAAAAUCUGUGAUGUCCCGGUUUGCUUACAAAAGUGUAAAAAUGGAGGAGAGUGUGUGGGACCAAACACGUGUCACUGUCCUGCUGGAUGGGAAGGCAUGCAAUGCCAGACUCCCAUCUGCAAGCACAAGUGCCAAAAUGGAGGAAAGUGCGUCCUUCCAGACUUCUGUCAGUGUCGCUCGGGAUACACUGGAUCGAUCUGCGCUGCCAGAACAAGAUGAUCGAAUGGAUAUACAGUAUAUAUGGAUAAUGUCUGUACCCUCCUCAGACAAAAUACAGGAGUGUGUGUGUGUGUGUGUGUGUGUGUGUGUGUGUGUGUGUGUGUGUGUGUGUGUGCACUUAAGUGUAUGUAACUGUGUGAAUGUUUGUAUAAAUGUGUGCCUCAGGCAGCAGUCAAGAAAUUGUAGUUUGUUUUUUUUAAUUGCUAUGUUUUUUAGUGACUAGGUGAUUGCACUUAGUCUGCCAAGAGUACUUCUCAUGAGAUUAUGAUCUUAUUCUUCAUUUUCAGUAGUGGAAGUCGUCAAGAUUUAAGCCAAUACCAUAUAAAAGAAACUGCAAACACACAGUAUAUGUGUGAAAGCACACAGCGUUUGUUACUGAAAACAUUGACCAUGAACAGACUGAUGAGCUUUUACUCAAUACAGCGACAUUUCUUAAAGAAAUUAAUGGAACGUUCUUUAUUUUACUUUUGUGAAACAUUAGUUUUAGAGCUAUAAUACUGUAUAUAUUCUGUUUUGGGCUAAUUUGAUGUAUGUACUUUAUACUGAAAUAUAAUAAAUGUUUUAUGUACAUUUGUAA